AUGCAGGUAAUUGACAUGUUUGCUCUGUUAAGGGAUCAGCGCGUUACACCAGUCGUUCACCUGGAGGCAUUGUGCGCACUUGAUGGAAUCAGGAUCGAACCCGGUGCUGAUCCAAGAGAGUUGCUUUGCUUCUACAGAAUGGCCCUCAUGCGUUGGGAACGUAUCGGAAGCGAUACGGGAAAAGGCGGGGAGGAAGAUGUAAUGUCGCUCUCCACAACGAUUCUUGAUUCCUUGAGCCCCCCCGCAUCCGCAGUAACUUCACGUGGCCAUCCUCAGAUGUUGAUGCCGAGUUUGAUUGUGUGCAGCAGCGACGGGACCGGCACCCUCGCUGAUCACCGAAUGCUGGCGAGGCUGAAGGCCCAGAUACUCAUUGGGCGCACCAUCCUUGAUCGUGUAGUGUCAUUCCGUAAAUAA